AUGCCGAAACUCUUGGGUAUUAGCUUGUCUGACUCGCGGACGGCUAGCUCCGUCAGUGUUGUUGACGUCGCCGCUGUCAUGGAGAAGCCCGGAAUUAAAACCCCAAGUCGAAAAUCCGAAUUCGAAGCAGGACACAGGGAGGCGGAAGAGGAUGUUGCGAGCGAGUCGGGAGACGGGCAGAAACCCGUGCCCAUCAUCAAGGUGAAGAAGGCCUUACCAGAGGUCCCGAAACACCGCCAUGGUGUUCCGUUCCAGCAGAGGGCUACACUGCACGUGAACGGCACAAAAAGACACCUCCCAAGGCACCGCCGCCUAGACGGUGGGGCAAAGGCGUCAAGCUCGGAGCAAAGGUGGAAGGGACCGAGGUCCCAGGACCCCCAGUCUAAACGGGUAUCGAAGAACGGAGCAGAGAGCCAUAGCUUCGCAAGCAUCGUUUGGGAGUAG